GGAGGGCUAUUGUAUCAACUUCAGAUAUAAUAACAUUAACAGAAACUCGGAACAUUUAAACAAAUAUAAAUAUGAAAUGCUAUAAGACAGUCCAUAGUCUCAGAACGUUUAUCUUGAUUAUCCUUCUGCUACAAGGUAAUGUUUUUGGAGAGCCACAUUGCUCCAAAUUUCACUAUGAAGAACAAAUUUUAGAGAAAAUUAUUCGUUUGGAGUUCCAAAUGGAAAGAUAUAAGUCGGAAAUGGAGAACACGCAGAAGCGUACUUUGGAUACGUUAAACGAACUGGAAAACUUUAGAGAAAAACUCUCAACUGAGUUCAAUGGCAUAAAAGAACAAAACAGACUGGAAUUAGAAAACCGAUCUGAAGAUUUUAAAAUCUUAAAAGAUUCAGUUUCUAUUCCAACUGUUGCAUUCCGCUCACGGAGUCCAUCUACAACCAAUCCAAAGUCUGGCGACAAGAUUGUUUUCACAGAAACACUGCACGAUUCAGCGCAUUCUUACGAUAACAAAACUGGGAUAUUCACGGCUCCUGUCGCUGGAACCUAUCUGUUCAAUGUUCAACUUUGCUUAGCCACCGGUACGAGAUAUACUUAUUAUGCGAUAUAUGUCGAGUCUACGGCCGUAACUGGAACACUUCUAUAUGACUCUUCAGAGCGAUUUUGCAGCAGUGCCACUGCUAUUGUGCACCUACGAAAAGAUGACAAUGUAUACAUAAGAGUGCCCGACACAAAUGGUAAUGCAUUGCGAGAGACAUCUCUUGAGAGGAAUAUGUUUAGUGGAGUUUUGUUAAACAACAAAUAGCGUCAACUUAGCCUUUUCAUUGACUGAAAUAAAUACUGACUGUGGUUGCUUCAUGGUUUGGCAGGAAAAUAUUGAAAAUUUGAGUUAUAGAACAGUUUUUGCACAGCAAAUGUAUCUUUAUAUAUAAUGCACAACUAAUGAUUUUGUGAACAUGUGUUCUUUUCUAGGAAGCUGUACAUAUAUCAGAGGAAGAUCUAAGUUUAUUAAGCUUUUCGCUAUUAAAGGCGUACGCUAGAAUUCCCUGUAUAUGAGAUGGGCGAAAAUUUUCCCAAUAACAGAAUUUCUUUAAACUUUGGAUAUUGAAGGACAAUCAUCUAAGAAACAAAAAAAUGCAA